AUGAAAAAAGAAGCUAUCAAAUUAAUUGCAUUACCAUUAACUCGACCUAAACCAACCGAAAGCUAUGGAUUGAUUUAUCUUUAUCAUCAUAAUCCUAAUCUGAAUUCAAAUUCUAAUUUAACUUCAACCACCACUACCAAUCAACAAAAAGCAUGGGUUAAUCGGAUGACUGAUUUUGGUGCUAAACAAUGGUUGAAGAUGGGUACUGCUUCUAAAACUAAUUGGAAGUAUAAGAUCUACAUGACAGGUGAAGGUUUGAUGGAUAAGAUACCAUUUGAAGAAUGGGCUAUGAAAUCGAUUGAACCAUCAGCCGUACCGAAUACUAGAUUAUCAAACCUGGAAGCGAAUCAUCCAGAAGAAAAAUCCAUCAAAUCAUCGGAAUCAAUUGAUCCGAUCGAAUUACUUUAUCCAAGUUUACUUGGACCUUCUGAAAAGUUAAUAGAUUGGUUAAAAAGCACAUUACGCCAAAAAGAACCAUUUCAUCAAAAAUGGAUGAAAUACAAUCUUUUGAUGUCUCCUUUGACUUUACCAUUUGCCAUCUUACCUAUUGUUCCAAACUUACCUUUCUUUUAUCUUAUGUGGCGAGCAUGGAGUCAUUGGAGAGCCUACAGAGCCAUCAAAUACUUAAACACGAUGAUGUCUCAUGGAUUAAUCAUCCCAAGACAAUCAAAACUUUUGGAUAAAGUUUAUAAUGAAUCGAGUUUAAGUAAAGAAGGCAAGGAUGGAAUGGUUUUGGACACAGAGAUGAGUUUGAGAUUGAAAGAAGAGUUUCAGUGGAAUGAACAUUGUGAAAGAGAAAUCGAAAGAGCUAUUCAUCAAGCUCAUUCAAGAUUGAAGACAAAUGAAAAUAGAAAUGAAAAUGAAAAUGAGAAAGAGAAAACUAGUUGA